CAUUUAGAAGUACCUGCGCCGACCAAGCAGUUCCUCAUUUCUCCGCCGGCCUCGCCGCCCAUUGGCUGGGAGCCCAGCCAUGAGGAGCCACCGGUCGUCAACCACGCCUUGGUGGACGCGCUUAUGUCGCUUGAGCCCAAUACACCCCAUGUGCUUCAC